AUACUACGUACUACACAAAUAUGCAUGCAUAUAGUACGCGAAACGUGCGAUUGUGUUCGAUAAAAGUCGGCAUAUUUUGCUGUCCUGUUGAUCAAUUCAGAAUAUACAGCGGAAUUUUCGACGUGGUGGUAACAUUUGAUUCAAGUUGAUUUAGUGCCCUAUUGUUGGGCCUUCUCUUUUGCCAUUUGUUUUCUUCCUGGCCCAUCGUUGAUCUAGAUCUAUCGAAAUUCGAAACAACCGACCAACAACAACAACACAUCGCUGAGGCUGCGUGGACGUGGACAGCGAGGACAUGCACCUGCAUUUUGUGCAUGCCAACCGCUUAACCGUUUGAUCUGAGACUGAGCUGAGCUGAUCUGAGCUGAGGCAGUGCACUGGCUUGUCAUUUUGUUGCAUUUUGCCAUUUAGCCGGUAAUUUUGCUUGAUUUAAUUCGCGUGAGGAUUCAAGAUUCCCGUCUGAUAUUGGAAUGGGUACUUUCCAGAACACUUCUUUGGAAGAUAUUGCCAAGGCCUCUGUGAUCACUGAGCUUGAGAUCCCGGUCCAGCAGCGUGAAGUCCUACCUUCGUUCCAUACCACUAGGUCCGCUCCAGAGACGUGGUCCGUAGCCUUCGCACCCGAUCAAUCCUACUUUGCCUGGUCUUGCGGCAAUCGUAUCGUCAAACUCAUUCCAUGGGACAAAGAAAAGCAGAACAUCUAUAACGACCGAGACAACGACCAGAAUAACAACGCCGAUGAUCCUACAGUGAACAAUGCCACCAGCCGAAGGAACAUCAUCACUAUACCAUGUAAAGACCUGGUCAGGUCGCUAACGUUUGGUACCUCUGUACCUGAUAAGAAGUCCCAGCGAUGCAGUGUUUCAUACCGUCUGUUCGGCUUCCCGGAGGUGCUGAACAAUGCCGUCAUAUUGGCCAUCGGGCUCAAGAACGGCAAGAUCAAGACCUACAACGUCAACAGCGGGGAACAUGUGCUCCUGGUAGACCACAAGAGCGUUGUCCGGGACAUCAAGUUCAACCCUGACGGCAGCCUGUUCCUGGUGUCUGCAAGCCAUGACAGCACCCUCAAGGUCUGGGACAUGAAGGACGAUGGCAACAUGGUGGUGACCCUCAAGGGACAUCCCAAGGCUGUCUACGGCUGCGCUAUCUCCCCUGAUAGCUCCAUGCUGGCUUCCGUAGGCGAACAGAGAUCGGUGAUUGUGUGGGACUUCACUCGGUACAAGCUUCUGAGAAAGCUGCAGGGCCACCACAACAUGGUGACAUCCUGUGAGUUCUCUGCAGAUGGAGCUGUUCUAGCAACCGCAUCCUAUGACACCAGGGUCAUCCUGUGGGACCCCUAUACAGGACAUCUUCUCAGUCAGUUCAGUCAUGUGUUUCCAGUCCUGAGUCCAAUGUUUGCUGGAGGCUCCAACGGUCACUACGUGAGGGAUAUCUCUUUCUCUCCUACGGGAUUGCACUUUGCUACAGUCUGUGAUGAUAGUGUGCUACGAGUGUGGUCUAUAUCGAACAACAUGAAACCGAUCUUAGUGUCUUCAGUUCAAGAGCCAUUAAGCUGUGCAUUUAAUCAUGACGGCACCGUCUUAGCAGCUGGUACAAGGUCUGGAUCCGUUCAGUUUGUAGCCGUCCACCAGGAACUGCAGACCCUCAAACAUCUCUGUCGCAUGACCCUACGACGCUGCUAUCCUAACUGGAAUGAAUUAGAAGCGCCCAACAUCCCCAUCGUGCUCGAUAGAUACAUUGGUUACAGGGACGUUCCUAUUGAUGUAUUCUCUGAGGAUCAUUGAUGGUUGGAAGGACAGGCUGCAACCUAAGGACAUUUCAAGAAGGUUGUGGAGAUCUUAUACUAAUGGAUCCAAAGACUAAAACUAAUCUUGCAACUUAUGCGGUCUACCUGCACUCAAAGAGGAAUAGAUUAACAAAGCCAUAACAUCUGAAGGAAGGUGGUUUAACUUUGGUAUGUGGUGUGAGGAUUGGUAGAUUGGAUAAAGUUCUAGAGAGGUUUCAAGGAAGACAACUGACAAUAGCAAGGACCACACUAACUGAACACAGGGUACCGGUAUGAUCUUGUGGCUUAUAAGAUGUAACACACAGGAUGUACUUGCCUAACAGGUACUUGUUUAUGCCAAGCACAACAAGCUACUCAUCACUUCAUCAUUGGUUAAAGAAUGAUUUCUGUCUACCUUGUAGGCAUUUUGGUUCAGGUAGUUAAUGACCUUGAUUAAUCUAGAAACUAGGUAAUUUAAAGCCAUUUUAAUGUAAUUAAAUGUGGACAUUAAAAAAUGUAACAAGUUUUCUGUGAAGCCUGAACAUCAUUAGAGUUAAACGACAUCUAUCCUUUUCUUUCCUUUCAUGUGAGAGUGGGGAAGAUUUGAUUCUGUACAACUUGUAUGCCAUUCAGUCUUAAAUCUCUGUGUUUGUGACAGUGUGCCACAAAAUGAUAUUCAAGAGCUCUGUAUUCCUCAGACGGUUAUAGGUGCAAGUCUCCUUAGAUGGUUAAGGGUGCAAGUCAGUGUGGACUCAACGUUGUUACUGAUGUCUAAAACUUCCUUCUACAUUACUACUGCAUGAUCCAGAUUAAUUGGCCAUUGACGGUUAGCCUCAAAGGUGUCAGCCAUUAAUCAUUGUCAAAAACCACAAGCCAUUAUUUGUAUGCAACAUACUCUUCCAAGCCAUUAAUGUUUAUCUGUACAUAAGUGUAUGUAUUCUACUCUUGCAAUAUAAUUGUAUCUUUAUUUUGUCAGUAUGACCAGAUAGGAACCCUAUGAAGCAAUUGCUUUAUCUGAAGUGCUUCUUAAGAAUGUGUCUUUGAUAUGUUUCUUCUGUCAGUAUCAAGUUCUUGCAUGUUUGGCAACGAUGAAAGGCUACCCCUGAAGGGACAUACCUUGAUAAAAGGUAUUGUCAAGCAAUGUCAUAAAUAGAUCUACUAUCAUGUGUGCUACAUUGAAUAGUUUUGUGCAAACUGCAAAGUGCUCUAAUGUCACCUUACAGUCAUUGUCAAUCUGCUUUACUAUAUAAUACUGUUAUUACAGCAAGGCGAUACUGUGGAAUGGUGUAAACAUUUGUUUUAUUGAUUUAAAAUGAAACUGAUGUAAGGUACAAAGACAUGCCUCAAACAGAGGGGCAUGAGUAUGUGUAUUCGUGGAAUACCUGGAUUUCAGUAUGAUAGCUGAAAUCUAGAUUAUUAAUCCUUUUCCCAAGCCAGAUGCACAUGUCUGGAACUCCAGUUUAGUCAUCGUUUACCACUGAAUAGCUUAAGCAAUCUUAUCAAUUAACCAACUGAGAAGAUUAAGAGAGGCACUAUCGAAUAUCUGCUUCAACAGUGAUAUUGUAUCGUAGAGGUCAAUAAUUUUGUUUUCAUGUCCAAAGAUAAUGUCCAUGUAUGUCCACUCCAUUGAACUUUGCAAUGUCUAUCUUCAUGGAGAAGGAACAAAAUAAGGACAAGUGCAAGAGCCUUUGUGAGAGAAUAUUUUUAAUUAGCAUCAUGAAACUUUCUGAUUUGUGCAAUGGACCUUGUGGCAGAUGAGUCUUGUGCUAAUUUUGCCAAACAAGUUAACUCCACUGGUGCCGCCUAAUGAAUCAAUUAGCAAGGCGCUCUUAGAUUAUGAGUACAAGUCAAUUAGAUAAAUCGUCUGUUUGGAGCCAGAAGGGCAUUAACUCAUAUACUUAAAACAGCAUUAUCGCCCUUCUGGCUCUCAACAGUCUAACUAAACUUGUCAUAGAUGUGAGGUUAUCAUCGUCGAAUCAAAGUUACUUAUCUUGGUCUUGCAAUUGUCUUUGUUCUAUUCCAAUAUUCAUUUCUCCUAUUAUGUGUUGCUUCAUGCUGUAAUAUGUAUUUAUGUACAUAUAAUUAUAUGUAAAUAUGUAAAUAUUUGUAUCAUGUAUAUGAGGAGACUCACCUAUGACCUAAUAGGUCACUAAAAUUUUCUUUAGCCAAAUUACGCAAGACAAUAACCAGGUGGUUAUCAAGUCUGACACCGCUCUUCAGAUUUAUCUAUAUUUAUCUAUAUUUUUACCUAAUUAUACCAUUUUGGUCUUUGAAAGAAAAGAAAAUUGAUCUAGACCUUUAAAAAUACCUGUAAUUCCCUGGCCAAAAUAUGUAGGCAAGUACUGUAGUAUUAUUUUUGCGGGUAUUUGUUUUGUUUGUUUUUUUUAUUUUUUUGUUUUGUUAUUUGUUUGCUUUGGGUUUAUUUUAAUGUCUGAAAUUAAGCUGUUUCCUACACAUGAGUUGAAGCAACAUAUCCAUAUGUAUAACCUUUAUCUUAUUUGACAUUUCAGUCCCUAAUAUAGUUGUAAUUGAGCAUUGUGUGCUACUGUAAGGGUCGCUCAUUAAACCAGAACAUGACCGGUAUGUCACUCUAAGUUGAAUUCUCCAUGUACAUGUAUCAUAACAGUUAUAAAGAUGUUGAUACCAUAUUUAUUUAUCCUAAGAUCAGUGUGCAAUUGCACCUGUACUGCUUAGAUGUUUCCCAUUACCAAGAAAAAUUAACAUUUUUGAGCAAGUCCGACUUGUCAUUAUGAUGGUGGUAGUUAAUUCUCUCUUUCUCUUUCUCUCUCUCUCUAUUUCUCUCUCUCUUUCUUUCUUGGAGUUAUAUAUAUUAAAAUAAUGUAUAACACAUUGUAUGGCAUGAUAUAGAAAUAUAAAAUGUGCUUUGUAGUACCAUUAUCAAAUAUGUCCUUUUCCGCUAUAUAUUCAGUGUUCCUUCUGUAAGUAUUAUUUUACUAGGCCAUAUAUUUAUUUGUUUGAAUUCCUUUUGUUUUGUAGCCUAAGAAUAAGAAGGGGAAAAGUCAAAAGUGAUAAAGAAAUGUAAAAGAGUAGCUGGCAUGGGCGGAUAACAUAUUUUGUUGAGAAUUUGCUUUAUUUUGAGACGUGUCAUUGGAAACGAAACGGAAUUGGAAUGGCAACAAAAGUGGUUUUCGUGUUGAAAAGUUUAGUUUACAGUGUAGCUUUUGGAACAGUCUUGGUGUAGCAUAGUUAAUAAGUUGUACUUGCAUUUGGAAAUACAUGUAGUAGAAGUUGUCUAAAAUUAUUUAAGAGAGCUGUUAAUGUAUUAUGUGAUAUCAAUUGGUGGAUUUUUUUCUUUCUUCUUCUUCUCCUCCAUUAGUAUAUACAUGGCAUGUAUGAUAUAACUGUGAUGCUAUUUGAAAGGGCUUUUAUUCCUUUAUUCCUGGGACCUUUUUCACUGCAGGACCUAUUUCAUUUGAACUUGUGUAAAUGACAGUAUUUUCUUGCAUGUAAGCUGGCCCAAAUCAAUUUUGGUUCUUCCUCUCAAAGUAUAUGAAUGUGGAUAGUUAAAGCUUAUCUGCCGUAGUUUACAGAAGGGAUUAAACCGCCCUGCAAGGUCACUGGACAGGUGGUUAUCUCAUCAACUCAGCUCUCAGUUAACAUAAGAAAAAGAGGAUCAUGGGGACCAAUGGUCACCGAUUAGGCAUUGUUUGUUAUAUAGAGGGCGCAAGUAGCUACAAGUAGUGCAGUGGGUCUUUAAACUAAGCAGUGCAAACAAUGUGUGUAUGACACAAAAGUAAAAAGGAACUAGAAAGUUAAUUUAAACAAAUAUAUAUUUAUUGAGCUGUGAAAAAAUGUGAGCUCUGUAUGCUAUAUUUUUUCUAAAGAAAACAUAUUAAUGAAAUUCCAGGAAUCAUGUUCAAUUAAAUCCACCUUGCAUAUGACUUGGUUUUAAGACUUCUAACACUUGCAUAUUAUGUAAGAAUUCAGCGUUGCUGUACAGUAAACUAAUUUACAUGGUUUGUGUGAAUUACAAUCCUUUUAUUCUUGUCUUAAUGAAACCUUUCGAUAUGGAUUGCAAAAUUUAGAAGAAAAAAAAUUGAAAUGAAUCAUUUAAGUUGGGACAUACAUGUAGUUAAGAAAAUUCAUGAAUGUUGAAAUUGAGAUUUAUUAACUGCAACAUAUUAUGGCUUCAAAAAUGUAAAAUAGUUCAUUGCUAUAAUUGUAUUUUUCUUCUUAUGUUCAUUUGGUUUUAUUUUUAUUCCAUUUUUUAAGUCAAUAUUCAUAGAAAUAUACUUCAAAUGGCUGACUUCAGUUGAAAUCACUAUGUUUAUUUAUCUGUAAUAAUUUCAGGGCUUCUUUUUCAUUCUUACUUCUGAAGUGCCUUUUUAUAAUUUAUUCGCUACUUAUCUCAGCCUUCAUCUUGUUUCCAUAUAUAAUUCUAGCCCAUUUGUGAGAUGGAAGAAAAUCAUAAUUUUAAGUCUUUAUAGCUAAUUAUUGGUUACUGACAUGUGAUGUUAUAAUUAUGAUUAUGUUAUCCCAAGGAUUAUUCUUUUGAAAAUAGUGUUUUUUAGUUUUGAAGUCUGUAUUUAUGUUGUUAUAUAUUAGUUAUGUAGUGUGAUAUGUUAUAAGUUAUAUCCCUAGUCAUAUCAAAUGCAUAUACCACUAUCUGUGUUUACAUCUACCUGUUUUAUUCUCAUGUAUAACAUACAUAUUCUUUUAUUUAAUUAAAGUAUUCUUGGGCCUAGCCUGUUAUGUGUUGAACAAAAAGACUUUGUGAAAGAAAAUAUGAAAAAAGUAAAAACAACCUGAAGAAAGGGCUUUAAAUGUUGUGUGGCCUUACAUCUUUUUUUCUCAAAUGUGCUCACAUUUGGUACAAAAAACCACUUAGAAAAUUCAUUUUAAUGAGUGGUAUUGUCUUUCUAAACCAAUUUUGUAAACGAGUUUUAAAUAUCACUCGCAGUUUGAGAUCUUAAAGUUAUGAUCAAUCUCCCUUGUCAAUAUGAUGCUUUAUUCAGUGAUCAUAUCAUAGAGUGAUUUUUCUUUUCCCUCGAAAAAUUAUUGCUAUUUCUUUAGAAAUGCAUGACAGUUUCCAUUUUACCCUCCCAUUUAUCUGCCCCCCCCCCCCCCCCUCUUAGCGUUCUCAUUUUCUUCUUAAUUAUUUUCAUCCUUUCAGUAUUUAUUUAAUUUUAUGAAGAUUAUUUUUAACCAUCAACCUUAUGCUAUAGCUGAAAGGUAUCAUGAGUAUUAUUUUUUUUUUUUUUUUGCUGUUGUAUGAAACGUGGUCUUCCACAUGUCUUGAUAAAUUUCAGUACAUUUUUUUUCUUCUAAUUAUCAAUGACGAGGAAUAAUUUUUCGAGAUCCUGUUUGUUUUGCUUUGGGUUUAGGAAACGUGUGGUAUUCCAGCUAUUUGACACGAGUGCAUUAUGUAAUGUUCAAUUCAUCUAUAUGUACCAAUGCAGCGUUUAUUCAUAGUCAUCUUUUCAAUUCGGGUACUAUUCACAAGGGUGUAUAUAUAUAUACUGUAUAAUAUGAUGUACAUGCAAAAUAAAAUAUAACAUUGAAAAAUAUA